AACAAACGAAAGGAAAGCCAGAUAUGGUAAUUUUACAAGUUUUUGUUGCCAUAUUUCAGCUUUCCCGUUGUCUUCUUGUGUUCAACUUUGGUGGUGGUUAGGUCCUACCAUUUCCACUGUGAAAGGCUAGGACCCUAAAAUCUAAGCAUCACAUCCAUCCAUUCUCCAAAACCUAAAAAAACAAACAAAAAAAAGUUCUGGUACUAUAUAUAUCCUUAUAAAUGAAGCACAAACCUAGCUAAGUGAACGGGUCUAAAUAUCUUUUUGUCAGAUUUCAUGGUGACCAAACAUUUCGAGACCCUGAGAGGAAAACUAGCAGGUUUCAGCAUCUUUCAUCUUAAGGGCUGCAUCAAUGGUUGUCAUGAUCAUACACAGACAUCAGGAUUUGAAAGCAGAGUCUUGAACUUGAGUGACAGGCCAAUUGAACUGCAGAUAAGGGUUCGAUCAAUACUGAAAAAGGUGCAUACGUUGAAGCCUUGUUCUUCUAAGAGACUAAAAUGCCAGAGCAUAAACAAAGCCUACAUGCCUAAUAGGAGUGGCAGUACUUAGUGGAGGUAUGAAGAGCAAUAUUACUAUGAUGAAGCACGUCACCUUUACAUUUGGGUGCAUGACACUGGAGGUGAUUUCUCUAGGAUGGUCAAGCAGCAAUAUGUUAGCCUUGAGGAUCUGAGGGAUUACUCUAAGAAUUGAAUUUCCAGGGAUCAUCAAAGAGGCUGCAUAUCCGUCUGCAAGAAACCCAGGCCUAGUUUUUGUUGACUUUUCAUUGAAUUUAUAUAGUUUGUGUUGGGUGGUUAAUGAAAAUCAAAGCUUGUUUUCCUGUCCA